GAUCGAAUUCGUCCAUAAAAACAAUUUUCUUGUCUCAAGUUCCUGCUUGACUUCUACCAUAUUAUUUGUCUCCAAAUUUAAGCUCUUUCCAGAGAUAAUUCAAAUUGCAUUAAUUCUAUUUGUUUCAAUUUUGUAAUUCAAUUAAGCUUCACUUAGUGCAUGCCAACUGUUUGAAGUUUUACUUAUGUGAGCAUCGUGCAUCGUUCAUAUUUUGGUAUGCAAAAAUCAUUAUUUGCUCAGAUGAGAGUUGGUAUUGGUUAGAAGCAGGACGAGGGAUUUGCUACGAUGUCUUUGCCGCCUCAUCCACCGGUUCCGACUAUGCUUGUUACGGUGGUGAUUGGUAUUCCGAUUCAGUUUGAUGUUCUGGAUUUCGGUUUCAAUUAAUUUCUAGUGUUUCAAUGGAAUCUGAAGUUGUUAAGUUGUUUUCCAUGGGAUGAAUAUAUUUAAUGUGUAAAGUAAAACAAAAAAGGUGAAGUGGUGUAGUGCUAUUUACUAUUCUCUAUUUACUAGAGUGUCAUUUUUCUUCACUGUUGUUGGCUUUUCUGCCUUUGUUUUGUUCUCUUGUUUCACCGAACAAACACAAACCUUCACAGACGCAGUGCCAGUAACUACUUUUCAGGUCGAGGAAGAUGGGGUCUGUAGCAAAGAACGGACUCAACAAUUAUGUGAAACAGCUUCACGAACAUCCUUUGAGAACUAAGUCGAUUACUGCAGGGGUAUUGUCGGGGAUCAGUGAUAUCGUGUCUCAGAAGCUUACUGGGAAUCAGAAACUUCAAUUCAAAAGACUUUUUCUCAAAGUGUUUCUUGGAGCCGCUUAUUUUGGACCCUUUGGACACUACUUUCAAUUAAUACUGGAAAAGAUUUUCAAAGGAAGGAAAGAUUCAAAAACUGUGGCAAAGAAGGUUCUGAUUGAACAAUUGACAUCUUCUCCUUUGAACAAUUUGCUUUUCAUGAUUUACUAUGGAUUAGUUAUUGAAGGCCAACCUUGGGUGCAUGUGAAAGCUAGAGUGAAGAAGGGUUUUCCAUCGGUGCAAUAUGCAUCAUGGAUGUUCUGGCCUGCUGUUGGAUGGAUAAAGUACAAAUUCAUGCCUCUUCAUUUCCGCGUUGUUUUUCAAAGCUUAAUAGCAUUUUGCUGGGGAAUAUUUUUGAACCUUCGAGCACGAUCUAUGUCAUUGACUAAACCCUGAAGGAAAGGAGAUUCCAAUAUAUAGUCUUGAAAUUAAGUAGAUGCUCCUGCUUUUCUUUAGAAGUUUGUUUGUCCUUCUUUUAUGUGUGUAAUUUUCUUGGAAUAUUCGAAAUAAAGCAGUGAUUAAGGAAGACAAGUUCAUAGUUAAUGUGCUAUUACAAACAUUGGAGGUUCAUAAAUAAAACAGCACAAAUUUUCCAUGAUGAAAAA